GCCUGUUUUACUCUCUUUCCCUGUGUCUUGCUGCCAUUGCUUUUGUUUUCCAAUCUUUGGAAGGCUUAUAACAGAAAGAGAGAUAGAGCAAUUAAAGAAAGAAAUGAGAAAACCUUGCUGUGAUAAACAAGGGAACAACAAAGGAGCUUGGUCCAAGCAAGAAGACCAGAAGCUCAUCGAUUACAUUACAAUUCAUGGGGAAGGUUGCUGGCGUUCUCUCCCUAAGGCCGCUGGAUUGCACCGUUGCGGCAAAAGUUGCAGAUUAAGAUGGAUAAACUAUCUUAGGCCAGACAUCAAACGAGGCAACUUUGCUCAAGAUGAGGAGGACCUUAUUAUUAAGCUCCAUGCUCUCCUUGGCAACAGGUGGUCACUGAUAGCUGGGAGACUGCCGGGCAGGACUGACAAUGAGGUAAAGAACUAUUGGAAUUCUCAUCUGAGGAAAAAGCUAAUAAACAUGGGAAUAGACCCAAACAAUCAUCGCCUUAACCAAAUUCUUCCUCGACCUCAACCAGAGCGAGUUUCUUCUCCUAUUGAUGAAGAUACAUGUAAAACCAAAAAAUCCACGGGUGAUUAUAUUGAUAGGGUUUCUGAUGCAGCAAGUUCUUCACUCGAAGAGAAUGAAACUUCUGCUGGUUCUUCUGAUAUAAAUCUUGAUCUCACCAUUGCUGUUCCUUCUUCUGCUCAUACUUCAACUUCGGAAACCAGGCCAGAAAAUUGCGAUACUGCUGCAACUAGUGAAGUACGAAGCGAAACAUUACCUACGCUACUUCUCUUCUUAUGAGCAAUUUAGCUGUCUAGGCAAUCCUAAUUAAUUAAUUCAGCUUUGCUGGUGCUUUUGAUGGGAACUAUGGCUAUCUAAUUAAGCUAGAAAAAAGAGUCUUUUACUGAUAUUAAUUAGAUCAUUUGGUAAUUGUAAACCUAUUUCUGAUGCAUUUUAAGAGAAUUAAAGACUAGGUAAUUAGCUCAUGCCAAGGAAUGGUGGGGUUUUUUUUUUUUUUUGUAAAGCUUAAAACAGCAGAAGUUUAGAAUGAUAAAAAAUAGAGAUAUUGAAGCUAAUCAGUCGAUGGAAGACCAUAUUCAUGGAUGUAUAGGAGAAGAACUAAGUUGUAUUUAAUUCCCACUGGCAAAUUAAAACUAAUGUAUUACGAUUUAUUAGCACUA